AUGAUGUGCCUUGAUAGAAUUCCUUUCAUCAUCAGUAGCCCAGCAAUGAUGUUCUUCUUGCUCACUAUUAUCCUCCUAGCUAGCUUCGUAAUCGUGUUUCUUUACUAUAAGAAAAUGAAAAGAUUAAAAAAGCAAGACAGCAACAAUAAAAAUGGCGCCAACAUCUAUGACGUCAUCGUGGAUGUUAACAACAACAACAAUUGCGUCAUUGAAAAUGACAACAACAACAAAAAUGGCGUCAGGGUGGUUGAAAACAACAACAAAAAUGGCAUCACUGGAAACCACAACAACAACAAAACUGGCGCAAACAUUUAUAAUAACGUCACCAUGGAUGCAAACAACAACAACAACAACAAUGGCGUCAUUGAAAACAACAACAAAAAAAAUGGCCUCAAUAUUAAUGACGUCACCGUGGAUAUAAGCAACAACAGCAACAACAAUGGCGUCAUGAAAAACAACAACAACAGUUGCAUCAAUGAAAAUAUCCCCGGAAAUAAUAAUUAUAAUAAUAAUAAUUAUGACGUUGUCACUGAUGAUGACGUAGAUGAUGACGCCAGUAGCUGGCCUCUGAACUUAAGAGAAGAUUAUCCAUUUUUACCUAAAAUACAUUACGUACACUAA